AUGGGUGGCAAAGCAGGUGUGUGCCUCCGCGGGGACGAGGAUUCAGUUGAGGACUGGGGCAAUGUGCGUGGUCCAGUGACCCAAAAGACUUGCAGCGAUGGUGCGGGUCGCCUGAUGGCUUGGGGGAGCGCCGAGAUGCAGGGCUGGCGGGAGUCCAUGGAAGACGCGCACCUCGUGCUCCCGUCUUUGAGAGAGGCGGUUGUGUCCGAGAAUUGCAAGCUCGACGUCGACCUGGGCUGGGACCGCAUCUCCCUCUUUGGGGUCAUGGACGGCCACGGCGGCUUUCAGGUGGCCAAGUUCUGCGAGAGACAUCUGCCGAGCGCCAUCGCAGUGAGGUCGAGUGCUGACCCGGCCGCCGCUAUGGCCCAGUCCUUCGUCGAGAUGGAUGAGCUGCUGCAGGAACCGGAGGGAUUGAAGGAGCUCCGCAGGUUGUCGGCGCUCGCCAAAUCUGCCAGGUCACGCCGCCAAACAGCUGAAGGCAUGGGCUGCACAGUGGUGCUCAGCUGUGUGACGCCCACUUCUCUCAUCGUGGCCAAUGCCGGUGACAGCCGCGCAGUGCUCUGCCGCAAUGGCCAGGCCCUGGAUCUUUCCCAGGACCACAAGCCCGACCUCCCGAACGAGCGUGCACGCAUUGAAUCUGCAGGCGGCUGGAUUGAAGGUGGCUCCAUUCUCAGGGUGAACGGGGACCUGAGCUUGUCGCGGGCGGUUGGGGACCUGGAAUACAAGGAUCGCCGGCUUCCUCCGGAGCGUCAGAUCGUAACCGCAAGCCCCGAUGUGCGUGUGGUCGCUAGGCAGCCUCAGGAUGAAUUCAUGCUGUUGGCUUGCGACGGGGUUUGGGACGUUCUCAGCAGCCAGGCUGCCGUGGACUUCCUCCGCAAAGAGUUGGGAGAUAGAAACAGCUGGGCGCCGCGGCUGGCUUCAGGCCAGCUGCGCCUGUCGGAACUUCUUUGCCGCUUGCUGGACCAGUGUCUGUCGCCAGAUCUGCGGCUCACGGACGGAUUGGGCGGCGACAAUAUGACCGCGGUCUUGGUUCUUUUCCUUCCGAUGCUGGUGACGGCGCAAUCUGCUCUGGCAGGCUGCACACGAGCAGUACGAGCAGUGGGACCCCCUUGGCUGCCAACAACGAUCCGAGCUGCAUCGUGA